CAUCUGUUUCGCCAUCUAGUUUAUAUCAGUGAAAACUGUAACAUAACCUCUGUUAUGAAUGAAAUAUUAAACUUUGUUUAUAUGCAUUUAUAUAAGUUUAAUAUAAAUACAUUAUUACUAUUGCAGUAAAUUUUUUCUAUGAGACAAAAAUGUCUACUCGUUGGUAUCCUUUAUAUCAGAAAGGUAAUCCACAACUUAGAAUAUUUCUUCCAAAUUUUUGGAUGAAACUUGUAAAACCACAACAUAACCAACCAAAAAAUGUAGUAGAAUUUCAUGUUUCAAUGGAGAUGACAAAAAUCGAUGUAAAAAAUUAUUUAGAAAAAAUUUAUAAUGUUUAUCCUGUGUAUGUGAAUACUAGAAUUGCUCUUGGAAAAACGCAUAUGCCAGAAAAAUUUGUUGUUAAAGAAGAUGAUAUAAAAAUAGCUUAUGUAGUUUUACCCAAAGAUCAGUCGUUCACAUUUCCUGAUAUAAUUCCUAAAGAUUCAGAAGAUAAAUAUAAAGAACAAAUGGAACAAAGAGAAGCUAACUUUCGUAAGUUUACAGAGAAUAAAUGGCCUGGCUUUCCCUGUUGGUUUAAAUAAAUUUAUUAGUUUAAUAUAAAAAUAAUAAAGUUUAAUGAUAUUAAUCUGUAUUUGUCUUUUUAUGUCUCUACAUUUGUUACAAUAACAUAAAAUAAAUACAUUGUUAUCAAUAAUAAAAAUAGUUGAAAUAAGUAACAAAAUAAUGAUAGAAUAUAUAUCUACUCAUGAUAGUAAAAUGUGAUAAUAAGAAUAAGAAAAAUAUUAUUAAUAUAUUUUAACAUUAAAUUAAAUAAAGAAUAUAAUAUUUUUAAUAUUUAAUAUUCACUCAACAUAAAACCAUAUGACUUACAUUGAGGACAUUGAGCAAUGUCAAGCAAAAAAAUUGUCUGUAAAAAGGAAAGAAAAAAAUUA